CAUAUCUUAUAAGUCACGGCCACAAAGCAAAUACUCCACUUGUUUCGCCAGUGGCCUCGACAUUCAACAACCGUCCACUUCCGCCGUUAACACAUCAUCAGCCAUGCCAGCCGCCAAACGGCGUAAAUUAAGCCAAGGCGAAGAAGAACGAGAGGAGAAAGUCGAACCCAGGAUGGAGCCGCCUGCUCCAGAACCCACCACAACCACAUCAUCUCACAACGGAGAGGAACCACCCGAAAAGGCACCUGAAUCCGAAGCAACACCAACACCAACACCAACACCAACCCCGGCAUCAAAAGUCACCACCGCGACACCUUCUUCAUCAACCAACACCGACCGUCUCGCCCGCUUCGCUGCCCUCAAAUCCCGCGCUGCAGCAUCAUCAAAGUCCAAUCUCGCCGAGACAAAAGCCGAGGCCAACCGCGCGGCCGUCGAUCCCACGGUGCUAGCCAAUCUCGCCCGACGCAGUGCCAUCGCCUCCCACAACCUUCUCAAAGCCGACACAGAAGAAGAAGGCGGCGAAGGGGCCUUCGAACGAAAACGAGCAUGGGAUUAUACAAUUGAAGAAUCCGAACGCUGGGACGAACGAGUAUCCCGGAAGAAACACGCUCGCGAUAAUGUAUUUUUCCAAGACUACAGCACAGAAGCGGCCAAAAUCUACGAUAAACAAAUGCGCGAACUGGAGAAAAGUGCGGCCAAAGAAGGCGGGCGUAAUCGAGCGGAUUACGAGGCACAAAAGGCUGAAAUCAUCAAUACAGCAGCACGCACAGGAGGAUUGGAAAUCGUCGAGAUGGAGAAUGGAGAAUUGGUGGCGAUUGACAAAGAUGGACGGUUCUAUGCGGAUCAUGAUAGUGUGGGGUUUGUGGAACAGAAACCGAAGCGUGAAAAUGUCGAUCGAUUGGUGGCGGAUUUGAAAAAGGCGGAUGAUAUGAGGAUGAAGAAACGAAAGGAUCGGGGUCGUGAUGACGAGUCCGGCGAUGUCACCUACAUCAAUGAGAAGAACAAACAGUUCAAUCUCAAAUUGGCCAGGUUUUAUGAUCGAUAUACAACGGAGAUUAGAGAGAGUUUUGAGAGGGGGACGGCGAUGUGAAUAUGAAUUAGAUUCAAGCAUCAAGGCGAGAGGUAUUUUAUGUUUCGAACGAACCCUGGCGAGCAACUUGGCUCGAU